GGUUCAGCUCUGGAUACAACAGAGGGAGCUUCAAAGAGCCCCUUCACCCACAGAGGAGAGGACCGCUCCGGGUGUAAUGCGUAGCUGGGCUUUGCCUUCUGCUUGGAUGGGAUAAAACCUACCGUUCAAAUUUAAACGCUCACUGUGUGUGUGUGCGCGCACGCGCGUGCGAAAGAGAGAGAGAGAGAGUGUGUGUGUGUAUUCCGCGAGGACUGGGAAAUGCUCUUCUAGCGCGAGCGCGGAUGACAUUAGAGCCCGCGUUUUUUCCUCCCCCCACACAAAUAUUCCCAACUUGGAGCCUCCUGGACGCCGAGCAAGUUUUUGUUUUUAUCUUUUCUUGAAUUGCGUUUGAGCAGUGUAGCUGGAAGCCCAGAAAGCAGCGCAGGACAAGAUGGGGAGCGAAAAGUACUUACCGGAGCUCAUGGCAGAGAAGGACACGCUGGAUCCGUCUUUUCAGCACUCCCUGCGGCUACUGGAUCAAGAGAUUGAAAAAAUUCAGAAAGACGAGGGGAAGGAGGAGGAGAAGUUCAUCGAUGUCGUCAUCAACAAGAACAUGAAACUGGGCCAGAAAGUUUUAAUACCAGUCAAGCAGUUUCCUAAAUUUAACUUUGUUGGCAAACUCCUCGGGCCACGCGGGAACUCGUUAAAGAGACUACAGGAGGACACUCUCACAAAGAUGUCAAUUCUCGGUAAAGGAUCCAUGAGAGACAAAGAGAAGGAUUACAAUGAUGAGAUCAGACAGGCCCAGCUGCAGGAGCUCACAUACCUGAAUGGCGGCUCCGAGGAUGCCAAGGUGCCAUCAGUGAGGGGCAAGUCAGCCGCCCGUGGAAGAGGGACACCUGUUCCAGGGCCUCCCAGGAGUCGCGGAGGAGUUCCUCCACUGCACGCAGCACUGCCUCGAGGAGCCGCACCCAGAGGAUCCCCGCCCAGCCGGGUUCCGUCCUCCAGAGGGCGAGGGGUGCAGAGAGCCAGAGGGGCCCCCCCGGCCACCGGGUACAGACCAGUUCCUCCCAUAGUCCAGGACUCAUACGGCGAAUAUGAAUACGACGACGGCUACGGGACAGCUUAUGAUGACCAAGGAUAUGAAUCGUAUGACAACAAUUACAGUAAUCAAGGACAAAACUCAGAUGACUACUACGAAUACGGACACAGUGGGGAAUCAUAUGAUUCAUACGGUCAGGAAGAGUGGGCAAACAAUCGCGGCAAGGCUCCGUCAGCACGAACAACCAAGGGAGUGUACAGAGAUCAGCCAUACUCAAGAUAUUGAACUGUUUAUACAACCCGCACCUGAGUCCUCAUGGCUGUUACAACCCCAAGUAAUGGAUUUUUUAUGGACGCUCCCACCUUUUUAGAAUUGAAAACAUAAACCGCAAAAAAAAUAAUCCAAACCAAACGGUGAUCAUAGCGAGACACUGAAUGAGACAAAAACGUGGAAUCCCCCUGAUUCUAAAAAGAUACUCCCACUGGAUAAAAAGUGUGAAGCAAUUUAGGUAAUCUAUCCUUUCCCCCUAGGAGAAAUCGACUGGACAAUAAGAUUAAGAAAAAAGCUUCAUAGUACAUUAAGUUUCUCUCUCAGCUAUGUGAUUGUGAAGAAUGACAUUGUAUCAAGCUAUUUAACUUGGUAAUGAUUAGCGAGCCACUGUAAGGUGUUCGAUACAAUGUUUCUACACAGCUGCCAGUGCAACUUAAUUUAUCACCCUCUAUUCUUUAGACCUUCAACUGCGUGGUUGAUCUCUUAAAAAUGUAGUAGCUUAGUUCUAGGAAAGUGCAGUUCUGUAGAUAUUUUCUCUGAGGGGUAAUCGGUGAAAUUGUGUCCCUUGUAAAUGAUUUACAAACUGAAAAAAAGACAAAAAAACAUCCUGUAUACAUAUUGUAUUGCUGUUUCCUCCUCUUUUUUUGUAAAAUAAUAGUUAUUUAGUGUUAAAGGGCUUAUAAAAGCAUGGUGUGUAACUGUGGAUAUUGUCAGCUGUUUUAUUCUGAAAAGCCUGUGUAGUUGUGUUCAUUGAUUAUGCCCCCCAAACAUCCACUUAAGUACAUCUAUAAAUAGCUGCGCAUACUCUAUGUACACCGCACAACCAGAGCUGCAAAACAGUCCAGGAGCUUUUUAAUGUUUGUGGAAUUUAAAAAAAAUUAUUUUUUUUAGACAAUCUAA